AUGAUAAAAAGCCGAAACAAGGAACUGCAACACUCGCACUUUUUGGUGGCUGAAAAUAUGCACCUUAGAAAUAGCCUUGAGCUGGCGCAUAGCGAAAAGCUGGAGCUCCAGUCCGAACUCGGGAAGAAAAAAAACAUCAUACAGGUGAUCAAGGAUAAGUAUAAAAACAACAUAGGCAGGCUUCUUGACAAGUUUAACGAAAAGGACAGACACUUAUACGAGUUUCAAACUUCGGUCGUGAAAGCUAAGCUGAACGGUGGAGAUAGCAGACUUCUCGAAUGCAAAGAAAUAAACGACCACAAUUAUGAAAGUGUAAUAAAAAAGAGAAAAACAUUUCUGCUCUACGGAUAUGCUCAUUACUCAAAUAGAUGUUUCACCCAUUUGGACAAGCUGACAUCCGUAAGUAAUGGCUUCGUGGAAAUGAGGGAAAUUGAAAAAAAGUUGCCCCUAUACAAGCUAAACGUAAGUAUGAAUAAUUUCCUUGUUCGUAAGUUCCACAUUAAAUCGGUACCGACAAUUCAGUUGAGACAUAAAAAUAAGCUAGUAGAUGAAUUAAUCGGAAAUGAAUUAAAUGAGCAAAGAAAUGUGGACAAGCUGCUAAGAAGAUGUGGUACUUACUUUAAUUCCAUUCGAGAGGUAGACAAUAUGAUCGAUUUUUUGGCCAGGGAAGAGGAGCUUCCCAGUACCGGUUAUGAUGACUUAUUGGGGAAAGAAGAAUUUCUUCAUGGGUUGUACUCACCCAUAGCAACAACUCAUGGAGAGGAACCCCCCAUGGAUGAUAAUACCACCCCUCCCCCAAAGGAUAAAAACACCUUUGCAAUAGAAAUCAAAGAAAAACUCUUUCCAAAAGAUACGCUAAACGAUUUACUGAUAAAAUAUCAGUGCACCACGUACGUCCUUUUUAAAAAGCUAGAGCUUUUACUCAGUGGAGAAAAAAAAAAUACUCAUCUUAUCAAACUUAUUUUGAAUGAAAUAAUUCUCAACCAUAGAUCCUACUUGGACAUAAAUGAGCGCUACAGCAAGUUAAUGGCCCAAGCGUUUCUACUUCUUUUCGAUGAGGACAAAUUGUCAAUCGAGGAUUUGUUGGAUCUAAAAAAAGAUUUGGAAGCAGCAGAGAGAGACUCUUCUGUACAUGUUCAUAUUAUCCAAUCGAUUCAUUUCAACGAACCGAUCAUCACUUUCGACGAUUUUAAAAAUAUUCAUUUGAGGCAUCUGAACGGGGUAGACGAAUUUUUAUCCAACGAGUGGGAAGAGGAAGCUCCGUCAAAGGGGAUGAUAACCUUUGAGGAAAUCCCCCCCUCAGGCGAAAACCCAGAAGAACUACAAAAUGGAAAAUUAAAAGAAGCCUCAAAAAUCGAUAAGAAGACGAGGUACCUUAGCCGCGUGUGUAGAAUCCUGGCCAUAAAAUAUUUGCAAAAGGAACAACACGAUAAUGCUUUCCACCACGCGCUAGAAUCUUACAGAUUAACAUUUCCCCUAAAUGAUGUGGACACAUCUAAAUCGAAGGUCCUAAUUGAAAAUUUAAUUUUAUAUCUAGGGGCAUACAAUCCAAGUGUCAUUAAAUUUUUGAGCAAUCUGCAAUUGCUUUUUACGGACAAAAUUUUUAAGGUGGUUCGGUUUCCACACACAAGGGCAAUUAAAGGUGGACGGCCAAUGAUGAAAAGGGGUAAAUCUGGGAAGUGGCUGUGGCUAAGUCAGGAUUGGAAACCUCGGUGGUUGAAGAAAAAGGCAAAGUUGAUUUUGGAGGAGGAAUGGAGAUGCGUCCCUGAUAAAAACGUACCCUUCUGGAAUUAG